AUGAUACUCUCUUUCAACUACACGGCAGCACAACAAGACAGCACUCUUCAAUAUUUUAAUCUUGGUUUCGUCGUCGUUAUUUUUGUGAAUAUUCUCUCAGUUCUCUACUAUAUUCUGAAUGUUUGGAUUGAUAUCCGGAUUGGAAAAUUCGACACAAAUGUUAUCAAAAUUCAUCAAUUCAUUUAUAUAACGUGCCCUAUCGGAUCAAUUGUUCUCAUCGCUCAAAAAAUAAUGAUAAUCUUAGGACUGCCAUAUGGAUACGAUUAUGAUGAUAGAACAUUUCAAUUCCUUCAUCAUUUGAGAACUUCUACUGUUUUUCCAGGAUUGAUAUGUUUGACUGCAUUCGUAAUCGAAAGAUUCUGUGCCACAGUUUAUCUGAAGGAUUAUGAAAAAAGAAAUAGGUGGUGGAUUGGAAUUAUAAUUGGAAUUGGAUUGUAUACUGUAGGAGGAUUACUCGCUUAUUCUCUUGCUUUGUUUGCAACAAGUUUGUAUCAUACCAUUUUUCUGCUUGCAUUGAGUAUAACCAGUUGUAUGGUAGGUCUUGAGUUGGAACUUUUGAGAUUGUUUUUCAAUCGCUUCGCAUCAAGUAUUUUCUUCUUCACAAUACUAUGUCCUCUCCUAAUGUUAGCUGCAAGUUUUGAUAUUCAAUGGUUCUACCGUAAUAUCUUUAUCUCAUUGUUCGAAUUGAGUUACAGUGUUUACACGAUAUUAACUCCAUACAUCAUCUACAAAUUCAAUAUUCGUUGGCAUCAGGAAUUCAAAAAAGUAGUAGCCACAUACACGUCACGUUUUCGGACAAAACGAAUAGAUGUGACAGAGGCAUGUGCUGACUCGAAUAACGUCAAUCUGAGAAAUACAUUUGGAAUCGAGAUGAACAUUGAUAUCAAACGACAAUCGGAUACGUAUUUCGAGCAACUGAACACAUCGUGGAAUAUUCAAAAAUGUUAG